AUGUCAACAACCUCCAGUCUACAAGCGUUUCUCUCCUGGGCUCAAGAACACGGUGUGGAGUCUGAGCUUAGUGUACAAGAAAUUCCAGACAAAGGUCUAGGUUUUGUCACCAAACGUACAGUCGUUCGCGACAACCAAACAAAGGUUGUUAUUCCGAAAUUAUUGUUGCUAAACGCAACCAAAGUUGGAAAGUACGCUAAGGAAAAGGCUCCAAAACUUGAGGAAACUUUUCAAUCCUUGAUAAGAAAUCGUCAAACAAUAAAUGACCGCUUA